GACAGCUGAUAUUCUGUGAGGUUAUUUUUAUUUUGGAUGUUAUUAUACAACAAUUUCAUUAUUUCAAAAAAUAGCCCAUAAGCUAUUACCUUAUAAAAUGUUACUAUUGCAUCGUGGAAAGCGGUUAUGCAAAUUGUUAAGCAAUUCAGCUUUACGAUGUCGAUGUAAAUCAGACCAGAUUAGUGCGCCACUUAAAAACAAAAUUAAGGAUGGACCUAGCUUAAAAGACUUUAUAACCGCUUCGGCCGGAGUAACAGAAGUAAUAACACAUCCUCCUCAUAUACCAUAUUUGCCAGAUAGUAUUCAGGAUACGUCCAAACGAAAAGUUUAUUUCGAUGUAUUUGGAUGUCAAAUGAAUUUGAACGACACUGAAAUUGUCUGGUCAAUAUUGAAAAAGGACGGUUUUGUGAGGACAGACAUAGAGGAAGAAGCAGAUAUAUUCCUCGUUAUGACGUGCGCUAUCAGGGAAGGCGCUGAAUCAAAGAUUUGGUACCGUUUAGAUCAUUUGCGUGGUUAUAAGCGCCGAAGAGCUAUUUCUAAGAACAGAAACAGACCAGUCAAGAUUGGUAUUUUAGGUUGUAUGGCUGAACGUUUGAAGGAAAAACUUAUUGAGAAGGAAAAAGCAGUGGAUGUUGUUGCUGGCCCGGAUAGCUACAGAGAUCUACCAAGACUACUUGCUCUGACGGAUAAUGGGCAGACGGCCGUCAAUGUGUUGCUUUCACUGGAUGAAACCUAUGCAGACGUGGUGCCUGUAAGGUUAAACCAGGACAGUGUGUCUGCUUUUAUUUCGAUCAUGCGUGGAUGUGACAACAUGUGCACCUAUUGCAUAGUGCCGUUCACAAGAGGGCGCGAGAGGUCCCGACCAGUUGACUCCAUAGUGGAGGAAGUGAGGCAGCUGUCGGAGCAAGGGGUGAGGGAAGUGACUCUAUUGGGACAGAAUGUGAACAGUUAUAGGGAUGUUACGCAAAGGACAGAGAAAUUUGAAACAAAUUUGGCCCCGGGUUUCAAAACGGUUUACAAAAGCAAAAUGGGUGGGAUGAGAUUUGCCGAUCUUCUAGACAAAGUAUCGUCUAUUGACCCAGAAAUGAGGAUCCGAUUCACAGCCGCUCAUCCUAAGGACUUCCCGGAUGAGGUGUUGCAAGUGAUAAACGAACGUCCGAACAUAUGCAAGUUGUUGCACCUUCCUGCGCAGUCGGGCUCGAGCGAGGUGUUGCUGCGCAUGCGCCGCGGCUACACGCGCGAUGCGUACUUGCGAUUGGUGGAGCGAGUUCGAGGUGUUAUACCUGGCGUGGGUCUAUCUACAGAUAUGAUCUGUGGGUUCUGCGGUGAAACAGAUGAGGAGUUUGAAGAGACCCUUACUUUGAUGGAGGAGGUUAAUUAUAACGUGGCUUUUCUUUUUCCCUACAGCAUGAGGGAGAAAACCGCUGCGUAUCGUCGUUACCAAGACGACGUUCCUGAAGAGGUUAAAAAAGAACGACACAAUCGAAUGAUCGAGUUGUACAGACGGACAUGUCAGCGAUUAAACGAAUUAGAAAUCGGCAAAAUACACCUCGUUUUAGUUGAGGGUGUGGCUCCAAAAUCUGGCAAACUUAUUGGCAGAAACGAAUUCUAUUUAAAAGUUCUUUUUGAUCAAACUUCAUUACCCACAAGUGAUGGAAACAGAGAAGUGAAACCAGGGGAUUAUGUUAGUGUAAAGAUAACUGCGGCUAGAUCGUCUGUGUUAAAUGGAGAAGCCUUGUAUCAUACUAGUAUUAGAGAGUUUUAUAAAGAUUUUGGUUGGGCGGACAGGCAUAAACUUGUAAAUAAUUAGUUUAAGUAACAUAUACAAUAAAAAUAUUA